CCGCCAGAGCCACCAUCGGUGCAAUGGACGCGCCGCUUGAUCAUCGUCGCCUUCUGGGUCGUAGUGGCAUGUCUUGGCUUGCCUUACUGGUUAUGGACGACAUCGACGUAUCGAGCUCAUUUGCCGUUAGAGGUCAUGGAGAGUUGGUCCGAAGGCCGAGCUUGUAGCAUGCACUUCCCAAUGUACAUUCGUCUUAGCGUACAUGGCUGGAGCGAUAGUAUGGAAGCUGAGCUGAUAACCCAGGUCCAGCGAAGGUGGGAUGCUGUGCCCGAAACGUAUCCUUUGGACUUCCGUCUGGCAUUUGGCCACUACAACGAUUCUGAGUUGCAGCGGGAUUGGAGCAUGACAGUUACUGUUAAAACCGAACCGGGUGUGCAGCCGCAGGCAAAGCUUCAGCCGAUGAGCCGUAGCCUCGACUUGUUGUACGGUUACGGCAGGUCCGAGGAGCUCAGGCUUGACGCUCUUGGCAGCUUUAUUGCAGAGGAGAUUCGCAAUGUCUUCAAGGAUGAGCGCGAGACGUUGUCGUACAUGCUGGGUAACAGUCCCUUCGCAGGCGAUCAAGAGGUUCUACUCAGUACAGAGGCACGUGCGGACCUUGAGGCAAGAGUUACAAGGGCCUUCAGCUACGCUUCAACAUAUCAUCUGACGUUCUCUCUAUUCACUUCUGGUGCCUCCCCCUCCACAUGGGAUAUAGAUGCCGCCCUAGAGCGGUACAUGAAUCCACUCAUCCGCGCCCUCUCGAACAUCAGCCACUUCACAGUUGACACGCAAGUCCAGCUGCACGCCUCCAUCUCGCCUUCCAUAGCUGGCCCACAGUUUGAUGCGACAACGAGGGAUUGGAAGCUUCAGAAGACCGACCUCAGCGGGUUCGUCAACUCCGCUGAAUGGCCGCUAAGUCCUAGCAUCGGCAGUGGACCUACCAUCAACUUUGUCCUCUACGUGCCUGCGCCGGAUCAUAGCCCGCUUGUCCUAGCUGAGACUGGAGGCACAAGCUGGCUUAUCCCGCAAUGGGGCGGUGUCCAGAUCCUUAACCUAGGGUCGAAACAGUCCGACCAGCUUACAAUUGGCAACCUGGAGCCUAUCAUGCUCACCUUCGCCAAUCAGCUGACAUCUUUGAUUGGCCUCCCGCCGUCUCCGCCCUCGUUAGCACUACGCAUAUCUAGCCUGACCCGAGAGCGAGCAACUUCACUCAUCAUCUCCGCGUCGUCAACGCUCGGGGCUCUGGCCAGGUUGACGCUCAAACUGACAUCCAUCGCGAUCCCAAACACGGUGGCAAAGUCCGUGGAGGACACGAUCUUCCACCUCGAGCAAGCUUGCAAAGACAUCCACGUUGGCGAUUUCCAGUGCGCUCUUGAGAAUGCUCGGAUAGCCAACGAUCAAGCCGAGCGUGCGUUCUUUGAGCCGUCGAUGGUUGGUCAGGUCUAUUUUCCGGACGAGCAUAAAGUAGCUGUCUACGUGCCGUUGCUAGGACCCUUGGCAGUGCCGAUGGUCAUGGCUGCGCUGAAGGAGAUUCGC